CUCCACUUCACAACUCCACACUUGACAAAACGUUUAGCCCAUCUACCACCUAUAAACAUGAAGGCCGUUCAGCUCAAGGAAUACGUCAAAGACCCAUCAGGCCUCAAAGUCAGCUCCAUCGCCGACCCAGUUCCAGGGCCUGGUGACUUGCUCAUUGACAUUCACGCCGCAGCAACCAAUUUCUUUGAUACACUGCAGAUUCAGGGAAAGUACCAGACGCAGCCACCAUUCCCAUGGGUUGCCGGUGCAGAAUUUGCCGGUGUUGUUGAGAAGGCACCAGAAGGAUCUGCUUGGUCUGUUGGAGACAAAGUCUUUGGCGCCGGUCAAGGUUCUUUUGCUGAAAAGAUUGUCGUCAAGGAUACACCCGGCGCUGUCUUGCCCAUGCCAGAUGGCUGGUCAUUUGUCGACGCUUGUGGGCUGUAUGUGACGGCGCCUACGUCUUACUUGGCGCUUGUCAACAGAGCCCAAUUGAAGAAAGGCGAGACGUGUCUCGUUCAUGCUGCAGCGGGUGGUGUAGGUCUCGCUGCUGUGCAGAUUGCCAAGGCUCUUGGUGCUAUUGUCAUUGCAACCGCUGGAUCAGCAGACAAGUUGCAGGUGGCUAAGGACUUUGGUGCAGACCAUUGCGUCAACUAUACCGACAAGGACUACCUUGACCAGAUCAAGAAGAUCACAAAGGGAAAAGGUUGUGAUGUGAUUUACGACCCAGUGGGCAAAAUUCAAGAGUCAUUCAAAGUGGUGGCCUGGAAUGGUCGUAUCUUGGUGAUUGGCUUUGCCGGUGGCAAGAUUGAAAAAGUGGCCAUGAACUUGGCAUUGUUGAAGCAAGCUUCCAUUGUCGGUGUCUUUUGGGGUGGUAAUGCUAUUCGUCGGCCCAAUGAAGCAGCUGGUGUUUGGCAAGGUCUCAUGGAGAUGAUGAGCAAUGGCCAAUUGCGCCCAACCGUCUUUUCAAAGGUGUAUGACGGUCUGGAUGGCGUUGCACCUGCACUCAAUGCCCUUGCAAGCCGUGGCACUUGGGGUAAGGUCGUCAUCAACAUGAAGAAGGAUGCAUCUUCCAAGCUGUAAAAAGCAAGCUAUAUACAAGUAAAUCUCAAAUUUAUAGAACAGGUGAUCUGCUGACGAGCUCUGCUGGGCUAGUCUUUUCAGUGACACUGCCGCCUGUCGGACUUGCUGCCAUUUCGACAUCGCCACGAA